AUAUUGUGUGUGCACGUGAAGGAGCGACAGUGCCAGUGUUAUCGUAAAAAGGGGGACCUUUAACCCAUUCCUACUAACCACUCAGCUGUGACGUGAAACUUUUGUAUACAGUUUGUGACGCAAAAUAAUCACCCUGGAGAAGCGUAAUUCUUUCGACUAUUUGGACUGUGUCGAUACAGACGAGACAGUGGAGUCUGCUAUACUAAUCAAGCCCUCAGUUGCACUGCCUGCGGUUGUGCGUGAAGGUGAAGGGAAAGAUUUGGCACACGUCUCAACCUCAGCAUUGCCACCGCUGCGAGAGUCUCGGAAAUUAAGGAAAGUUCGUCGAGGAACUAGACUGGAAGAACAAGCCCAAGAACAGAUUUCUGAUAAAUCUGUUUCCGGAGAACCUGAAAAUAUAUGCCGGAUUCCAAGUGAAGCUAGUGUUGCGAGUGCCAGUCGUGUUGUUAUACCGCCAUUUACACUGCGGUCCUCAAAAGUUGCCCCUGAUCAGCAGAAGAGUGGAAACGAAGAAGGCACAAUGUCGGAGUUGGAGCGAAAGGAUACAACGUACGAGCUAAAGUACAGAACGGGCAGCGACCAUAACAGACGUUCAGUUACGAUGCCCGAUUACAGGCCUGCUGGUACUGGUCAAGAAGAGUUUCAACCUACUGCAACAGUGCUCCGGCAUUGGGAAAGCUCAGAAGAUCUUGGAGUGACGCUUCAUCAGCUUGCUCGUGAUGGGGACGCCAUAACUCUAAAGAGACUGAUAAAUCAGAUUAUAAAGCGUAAGAAGAAAGCCUUAAAUGCCCUUGAUGAGAAUGGAAUCAGUCCAUUACAUUAUGCUGCCAGAUAUAAUCAUCUCCCUGUGGUCAAGAUGCUGGUCGACAAUGGAGCAGAUGUUAACUGGAAAGGAGAAGGAGGAAUGGUCCCUCUUCAUUUUGCUUGCAAGUACAAACAUUCCAAAUAUGCUGGCUCAUUAGACGGUGAAGAUGCGACUGUUGCCAAUGGAACGGAAGAGCAGCAGGAGAGUGUUAUCCUCUACCUGGAAUCCAAAGGAGCCGACGUAAACACGAAGGACAUCUACGGCGUCACUCCGCUCCACAUGGCGGCCAUUAGGGACAACGACAUAGCGGCCAGCGAACUCCUCAGUAUCAAGACCAUACAAGUCGAUGCCUGUGAUGGGCAGAUGAUGACCCCACUUCACAUGGCCUGUACCCACGGCAGUGACACCAUCGCGGCCAUGCUGAUCCAGAAACAUUCACAGCUCAGGGCCACCGACGAAGAGUUGGGGACCCCCUUACAUGCUGCCUGCACAGAGGGACACUUGGAUAUUGUCAAUCUCUUGUUUGAAGCAGGAGAGGGUCAGGGGCUUCUGGAACAGAUGUUGACCGACGUAAACAGUGACCGCAGCACCCCUCUUCAUCUUGCUGUAGACAGUGGAUAUUUUGAAAUUGUGGAGCUCUGUCUUUCUAAAAGUGCCAACGUGAACUGCCACCGUGACAACAGGAGCACCCCACUCCAUGCAGCCUGUGUGGCCGGUAACCUGAAGAUUGUAGAGCUGCUGCUGCAGAAAGGAGCUCAUGUGAAUAGCGUCAAUGCAGACAGGGCCACUCCAAUACACAGGGCAUGCUCUUUCAAUAGACAUAAGAUUGUGGAGCAUCUUCUGGAAAAAGGUGCAAGAAUCGAAGCCAAGGACAAGGACAACUUCACUCCGCUCCUGAUCGCAGCCAGUUCUGGGCACAGUGCUACCAUCAAGGUCUUGCUGGGCAAGAAAGCUAACAUUGCAGCCAUAGACAAGCACGACAAGACAGCCUUCUUCUGGGCUGCCGAGGAAAACAAGCCUGAGGCGCUCCAGGCUCUGCUGGAACAUCGGAUGGCUUCAAAAAUUCUUGAAUACAGUGAUCGCUAUGACAACACAGCGCUUCACAUUGCUGCAGAGAAUGGAUAUCUGGGAAUUGUUAGGAUUCUGUUAAACAAUGGAGCAGCCUUAGAUUGGAAGAAUGAGGAUGAGGAAACGCCAAUCCAUGUUGCAGCUGCUAAUGGUCAUACAGCGAUCGUAUUGGAGUUUGUCAAGAGAGACGAGUCGACUAUCAACGAUGAAGAUGAGAAUUCCAACACACCUCUUCACCAGGCUGCCAUGGCAGGGCAUGCUAAGACAGUCAGGGCUCUCAUUGAAGCAGGUGCUGAUAUUGAAUCCAGGAACCAGCAGCUCUGGACUCCUUUGGACUGUGCAGCCCAUAAGGGAUGGGUGAAAACUGCCUAUGCACUGCUAGAAAAUGACAGUACUGUAGAUCCAACAGAUAAAGCCAAGGUAACCCCACUGCAUCUUGCAGCAGUCAGUGGUCACGUUGACAUGGUCAAGCUGCUAUUAGAAUGGAAGGCUGAUCUCUCUUUGGUCAACACUGACCAGAAGAACUGCUUGGACUUGGCUAUUGAGAGUGGCCAUGAGGAUGUUGCUAUGGCGAUCAUCUCUCAUUCAAAGUGGAAAGAUGCUUUGAAUUCUGAGAGUAUCGAUGCCGUUACCAUGGAAAGGACCACACCAAUGAGAAAACUCAUCAAGAAAAUGCCUGAGGUGGCGGCGAAGGUAUUCAACAACUGUAUGAUUGAGAACGACAAACCCCGGGAACACAGGGACUACUGCAUCACGGUUGAUUACGAGCUCCUGGAUGACAUGUUCUCCAGAUGGGGUGAAGAUACCUCAGGUCACUUUGGUAAAGACAACUUAUCUGAUAAUGGGUCAGAAGGUUCAGACUCGCCAUUCCAAGACAAUGGCCAACUAAGGGACAGUGCAACACCAUACACCACCCGUGCUGAAACCAUAAGAAAAAACCACCCUCUUGUCAUAAUGGUGAGAUCCAAACGUGAGCAGUUGCUAGGACACCCCCUGGUGACGAGUCUCCUCAACCACAAGUGGAGCAACUACGGUCGGUUCUUCUACUACUCCUCCCUCCUCUUCUACCUCUGUUUCCUGACCUUCUUCACCGGCUACCUGGUGGUCAACCCUCCACCGUUCUACUACAACAUCACGGCGGACGCCAAGGUCGUCUUCAACUUUGAUGGAGAGGUGCGCUGGAUGGAGUCGUACAGCAAUGCAACGUUCUUCGUCUUUGGGGAGAUUGGUCACUGGCUCAUCAUAGCACUUGCUGGGAUAAAUCUACUGAGAGAGGUUGUUCAGAUCUAUCAUCAGAAAUUGAACUACCUGGGCUUUGAGAACCUGCUGGAAUGGUGCGUCUACGGUCUGGCUAUUCUCUUCGUAGCACCUGUCAGUCCAUACUUGUACCCUUACGGAGAUGGCGCGGGCGAAAUAAGGGUUAGAGAGGCAUGGCAGUGGCAGUGUGGUGCUGCAGGUAUCUUCCUAGCUUGGAUCAACCUUAUUCUCUUCAUCAGAAAGUUUCCUCAGCUCGGCAUCUACGUUGUCAUGUUUACAGAUAUCUUGAAGACCUUUGCCAACUUUGUGGUUUUGUUCAUCCUCUUCAUCAUUGCCUUUGCACUGGCCUUCUACGCUCUCCUUAUGAAUCAGUCUCCAUUCAACCGUGUAGAGUACUCCCUGGUAAAGACCUUCGUCAUGAUGAUCGGUGAGUUUGAGUUUGAUUCCAUCUUCCACACCCAAGACUAUCUGACCGAGGUUGAUCUGACCAAUCAGGAGGACUUCGUUGGCCACGUCUACUACCAGGAGAUCACCUACAUCAUCUUCGUGGUCUUCGUGGUCAUCAUGUCAAUCAUCAUCAUGAACUUACUGGUUGGUCUGGCAGUAGAUGACAUCAAGGAGGUUCAGGAACAAGCCAAAUUACAGAGACUUGCUAUGCAGGUUGAUCUGGCCAUGGAUGUACAAGAAGCCUUACCGUCCUUUAUCUGGAGGCGUUACAUCAUCAAGACAAAGAGAAUCUACCCCAAUCGAUUUGCUACCAGUAUGUUCAGCAGAAUCUAUGCUUCAUUGAGGGGAGAUUAUGACUUUGUUCUCACUGAAGCUAUCGAAACUGCUCUAAACCCAGAAAAGGGUGAGUUAGCGGAGAUCGGGGCGCAGCAGGAGGUCAUCAGCGACACGGUAGCGAACCUCAAGUGGAGGAUGAAACAGGUUAAGUCACAGAACGAUAAGAUGGAGAGGAUGCUGCAGUUGAUCCUGGACAACGGCAACCUGACGCUAGGUGAGGCAGACUCUGUCGAGAACAUUGGAGAAUAGAGAAUUAUCAGUGAGUGUAGUCUUCAUUGAUUGGGUCCCUUGUGUCUCGUCAGGAUUAGGUAACAAUUGAUUGUUAUCGUUAAGAUCUGACAAGUCAUUGAUACAAGAACUACUUUUUCUCAGGCAUUGGUUGACUUAAGGAUCCCAUGGGGCAGACUUUUCUAUCAAUUUUUUGAUACAAAUAGUCUGUAGGAUAACUUUUUUGCCAUACACUGUAGGUCUGUAUGAUUAACAUUUUGAUAUUGAUUUUACGCUUAACAUUUACAUUAAUCCAGCUACCAGAGUAUGAUGGUCGUAUAAUGAAUCAAAAACGUUCAUCCAUUGAUUUUCUUUCUCCUUGUUUCAAUAUGUAGAUUGAGUAUCACUUAAUGUGAUAGGCAUAAACCGAUUGAAAGUAACCAGAACAGCAAAUGAACAAAUAUUAGAAUAUUCAAGAUGAGGCACAAGUAUAUGUAAUAUUACUCAGGAAUUAUUGUUUAGCCAAAACUUUGAAACUUUAAUUGAUAUUUUUCUUCCCGACCCCAAUUUUUUUAGGAGGCACGAAUGUUACAUGAUACUUUGGAUUAUAAUAUAAACUGUGAUAUGCUCAGGAAUUCUGUUUUUUUAUAUAAUCAAUUUACAUUUAUCUCAAUCAUAUCAAUAUGCCUGCAAUUUGUUUCUAGCUUGAAUAUAAACAUGCCUAAAGUCCAAGAGAAGCACUUACAGCUCUGGGCCAACUUUGCACUAGGGACAUCUCAGACUUUGCAAAAACUUGUUACAUGUACAUGUAGUUCAGAGAUCUGAAUAUAUCAUCAACACAUAUGUGAAUGUUUAGUUUCAAAUUUUAAAUUGAGUACGUGAUACACAACUUAAACAAAAUAAUUGGAUAGGAAUUGGGUAAAUAGUAAAGAGGUUAUGGUAGAAAUAUCAUCAUGUGAAAUUCCACAACAUAUGACUUUUAAUGCUAUUAAUAGUGGUCCUGUGAUAACAGGGACCUGACAACAACAACAACAGGAGAAUACUGAUGAGGCUACCCUGGGUAAACAAGACAUAUAAUUAUGUGCAUCUGGCACUGAAUUCUUAAUACCUGAUUAAUGCACCAUGCCGAGUUUGUCCUAGUGCUAUUCAAGUUAUCUGGACCCCGGUGCUAUUAAACACUGUCAUUCCUUGCAUGAUAAAUUGAAGUUCGCCAAUAUUUCCCUGUAUUCCAGUGUAGUCAUUCCUGAUACUUACAUGUACAUGGCCAAAUCUCAUCCUAGUUAUUGCCAACUUUCCAUAUGAAUACUUCCAAAAAAAAUAGUCUUGCUUUGAGACAGGCCUGCUUUGAGAUCAAAUUUUUACAAAGUAAAUUCUUUCUUUCCAUACCCAUGGUAAGUAGAAAUGAUACUUAGACAGCAACAUUUCCAAAUAUGCCAAAGUAUUAUACCAAUACUUGUUUUUUGUUGAGUUUAGAUUGGUCCUAAAUUUAUCCAAAUGUACAGAGAUAAUGUUGAUAUAACAAAAAUACCAGCGUCUGUGUGUAUUUUGGAUCUCUUUAUCUGAAUCAUGUCAGCCAUUUAUUAAGAUGAUCAUGUUUUAUAAUUAUGGCAUUUAAACCUGUGUAUACAUGUUGAUAGUCUGUUGCACUGAUUAGUGCUUGGUCACAUAUGUCCCUAGAAUAGGAGGUGAAACAGAUGGUGCCCUGUAAUGAUAAUGCUAUAUUUGUUCUUUGACUAUUUGUAAAAAGUAAGAAUAAUUUUGAAAUGUAUUGUAUAGUGUAUAUUUUUGUGUAAUAACAUAUUUCGCAUGUAUAUUUUUUCAAUCAUAUGCAUCGAGAUAGUUAUGUGAUAUAUAGAAUCAUGGAUGUAUCCUAUCAUAUUUUAGUGUAUACAACACAAUCAUGCUAAGUAAUUGUCAGUAUUUAUAUCGUCCAAGAAAGAAAUGAACUGUGCAUGUAUUCACAAAUCUCUAUGCAUCGAAUGAAAAUAAUAUAUGAACAUUCUCCUCUAACCUAUCAACUUUACAUCUCACUGUUGCCUUGUUGUCAUUGGAUAACCUUGAAAUGAUAAGAGUCUUGACCUUAAGCCUCUAGCAAUUGCAAAUAUUGGGAAACUCAGAUUUUUUAAAUAGAAAUUUGAUAUCUUUCAAUAACUCUUUAUCUUCAAUCUUGCCUGUCAUCUGUACGGUAAUCAGGUUGUGGAAUAUUAAAACUACAAUCCUUUAUAGAGAAUUAAUAAGGAUAAUUAUUAAACUUAUAACAAAAUAUAUAUUCCUACGAAUGUAACUGAUGUAUAAACUAAGAUCGAAUACAUCUUUCCAUUACCAUUGUCAGGAAUACACUUGAUAAAGAAACAUGUUGCAGUUUCAAGGAUGUGUGUAAAGAAGUCACUGUUCAAGUAAAUAUUUUGCACAAAACUUGUUUGGUAGAAAGAGGUUAUAUGUGCACAAUCUGUACAAAUGAACCAUAUGUAUUUCAAAGAUAAUAGCGUCAGUUUGAAGCCAAAAGAGCACUCACUUAUAUUCUUUAAUACAGAGUUAACACCUCUUCUCCUUGUUCAUUUUGUAAACUUUUCCCCCCUUUUCCCUUCCAUUUCCAGUAUUUUUUCUUUCUAAUUGUUGAACAAAUUCUCUGUCAGUUUCUUCCUUAAAGUUUUAUUCUUUUUCCUACACUCUAAAGAUUGUAUAAAUAGUCUCAAGCGAUGUUGUAACUAUGAAAACCUUAUGUCCUUUAUAUGUCAUAUGCAGAGCUAGGGGAAAAAAUGAAAGUUUUAUUAAGAAGAUUUAUAUUACCAUAAUAUUUAGUCUUUUUAUAUUUGUAUAUGUUUGUCAUAUUUUUGAACGUCCUGAUGCAAAUAUUUUUGGGUAAAAUUGUCAAUUAUGAACAGUGAAACUUUAUAUAUCUAUGUAUCAUGUAUUAUGAUUCUAUGUUAACAAAAUUUAGUAUGAUAGAUAUCUAAGGUAUGAUAUAAUACCCAUUAUAUACCAGUUGUGUGAAUGAAUAUCAUGAAUAAUAAAUAGAUUAAAACUGUGGGAGGAUUUAUUAUUAAAGCCGAGUGAAGAAUAGUCCCUGUUUUAUGUACUUUGUAGGUAAAAGUUUAUUAUCUGGUAUUGUUAUGCAGUGCACUACACUAACACAGCAGUCAUACCCUCUUCAAAGAUCGAUCAAACCUGAGUUUCCAAAAGAAAUUGUGGGGUUUACGUUGUACUUUCUAUUGAUUACAUCAUUUUGUAUCUACAUGUUCAUUUAUCAUCUCAAAUUUACUUAAGAUUUGUAUUUGUAUUUCUGUAAAAUAAAAGAUGUUUUUAUUAUAUUGUGUAAAAAAAGAGAUAACUUUCAAAUAAUAUAUUCAAACGAGCUUUUAUUGUGAUACUAUUUCUUGUCUGUUUGCUUCACUCUAAACAGUAUAUAUUUUCAACCAUGAAAAAUGUCUAUAAGAGCUAUAAGAUCUAUUGUAAGCACAUUUAGCUGUACUUACAUAUCUAAUUGUAUAUGUUUUUAAUCUUUCUUUCAGGCCUGUUACAGUUAAGAACUUUUUGUGUGUGUGUGGAUAUCUGAUGGAGUAGGCGUGUAAUAUAGCGCAAUGUUAGCCCCAACCCUCGGGUGUAGUGCAAGUUACAAUUAUUAUCGUGUCACAAAUUUAUUGUCUUUCACAAACAUCUAUCGAAAUCUACAAUAACAACGAAAAAGCCCCAAAGAAGGAGCGCCAAUUAAGAAUUUCUAAAAACAAUGAUUAUAGAUCACAAGCUAAAAUGUAUUCUAACUUUUCGCUAUGAUUUUUUUGCAUGGUGAACAAUCUGAAAUUUGGAUACAGGGUUGUAAUAUUUUGUUGAUUGAUUGUUUGUUUUACCUGAUUAAUAUUGAGAAAGCAUCGAUGCUUAUAAGUAUUAAAGCAACCAGAUUAUGUACAA